ACUAAACCAUCGUUUUUAACUUUUCAGACAAAGCAGUCUUGCAAAGAGCCAAGGGAAACACCAUCUGGCCUUGGCGCAGGGGAGUCCAUAGAAGUCCUGAAGCUGCUGAGCAUCACAUUUCUGCUGUGCUCUCUGACUUGCCUCUUGCUGGAGACUGUCGCGUCCUCUGUGUCACCUUUAUCUGCCUUCAGAGUACAAGACCAGGAUGGCCUGCCACAACGCUCAGUGGAAAAUUCCAGGUCCUGGCUGAGCAACUUCAAGGAUUACCUGUGUGAUCUUGUCAGGAGCCAGAUCCCUCCAGCAGCCAUUUUUAUUUUUCUUAUCAUGUCAGCAGUACUGGGGACUCUCUGCUGCCUCACUGUUCUAAUAGGUGAGCCAGUCCAAUGAAGUAUGAGAAGAUUCAAUGGGACAAGUGUAAUGCUUAGCUUGCUGGAUUCCAAGAGAGUGGAGAGUGUGCUAUUUGUGUACAAUAAGGAAGUAUC